AUGGGACCUCCAUCACCUUCAAUAUUAAGAUUUGCAAGAUCUGGCCCUGAAGCUUUCGCAUCGAAUUCUGCGUAUGGACGAGGAUUUUUUGAACCUGGAGCUUAUUCAGUUGCUUUAAAACGAUGUGAAAGUGGUCAUGAUCUCGCCCAAAAACUUGCAGAUAUGUUUGAUGAACGUGCACAACUGGAAUUGAAUUAUGCAAAUCAAUUACGUGCUUGGUCAUCAAAGUGGCAGCAUGAGUUAACAAAAUCGCAAGAAUAUGGAACAAAUAAAACAGUAUGGGAACAAGCUGCACGGACAGGUGAUCAAGUGGCAGAAGUUCAUUCGACAUUAUCAUCAUCAUUGAGUGAAUCAUUAAUUCCAAAUCUUCGACAAUGGCGUAAAGAGCAUUAUGAAAAAGGCCUAUUGCAGUAUAAAAAAACUAAAGAAUUCGAAAAAGAAUUUAUUGAUGCUCAAAAAUCAUGGAGUAAAUUAUUGGAGAAAAUAUCAGAAUGUAAAACAGCUUACUAUUCGGCAUGUAAAACUGCUAAAUCAGCCAAUGAUGCUGAACACUUAGCAUCGACUGAGCAACGUAAAAAGCUAGCCGACAAAGCUGAAGUUGCACGACGUGACGUUGGUUUUACAAAAACUAAAUAUCAACAAGCGAUUAAUGAAGCUAUGGAACAAAGACCUCGUUAUGAAUCAGCAAUGCAAGAAGUUUUUCAGCGUACCCAAGAAUUUGAAAGGAAACGAUUGGAUUUUUUUCGAACGACGUACGACGAAUAUGCGAAACUAUUAGAAACAGCGACAAUAAAUAAUUCAAUUUUACAAAAAAUGAACUAUGAUUAUACAGCGUCUAAAGCCACACAUAAUCCUCAAGAAGAUUUAGCAUGGUGGGAUCAAACUUACGGUACGCAAACAAAUAGUCGAUGGCCUGAAUAUGAAGAAUGCCGAGACUAA